UUUCCCCUUCCACAAGACAAUUUUCUUCGGCUAACGUGGUUCCCUUUUAUAAUCCAUUGGCUUUGCAAGAGGACUCAAGUUUGAUCGAAGGGAAAUUAGGUAAGCUUAUACGAGCAUACGAAUUGAAUUGAUUGGGGAAUUGGGAUUGGAGUAAUGGCAGGCGACGGAGAUUUAAAGCAAAAGCUGCAGGAAUUGCAGAAACGUCUUGGCAAGAAGCAUUUGUUCGAGGAAUCUGUUUGCGAAAUUAGAUCGCUCCUCCUCCAGUAUUAUUCAUCGGUUUCACCGUCAAUCCAGCAGUCGUUUUACAGUGUGGUAUGUCGGGUUUCUACUAUUUUGAAAACAAGAUACACCUCACCUGGAUUUUGGACUGCGGGGCUAAAGCUUUUCGAAGAUGCCGAGAGGCUGGUUUCCAAUCCUGCUGAAAAGAAACAUUUGCAGAGUUGCAUUACUCAGGCAAAGGAUCAGUUGUUUGAAGCUGAAAACUCGUCUGAGGAUUUGCAAUCAUCGAGGGGUGGAACCAAUGGAGGGUAUUUGUUUGAAGGGCACCUUACUGUCGACCCUGAGCCUCCCCAGCCCAAUUGGAUGUUGCAAUCAAAUUUACUGACAGCAGCGGCUACCUUGUUGCAUGGUGAAUCAUCUGGACUGCACGCAGAGGAUGGUAACACCCGCGAACAUGCUGUCAGUGCACUUCAAGAACUUUUUAAUAGACUUGAUGAUAUUGUGCCAGAGAUCCUGGACGACGAUUCUGGAGUCCCACGAGUGCCACCUGCCAGUAAGGAGGUUGUGGCAAAACUUCCGGUGACUUGUAUCACGGAAGAGAUAUUGGUAAAGCUGGGAAAGGAUGCUGUGUGUUCCAUUUGCCAGGAGAAUUUGAUUGUCGACGACAAGAUGCAGGAGUUACCUUGCAAGCACAUGUUUCAUCCCCCUUGCCUCAAGCCAUGGCUGGAUCAACACAACUCUUGCCCAAUCUGCCGACAUGAACUCAAGACUGACGAUCAUGCGUAUGAAAGCUGGAAAGAAAGAGAGAAAGAGGCGGAAGAAGAGAGGAAGGGCGCGGCAAAUGCAGUUCGCGGCGGCGAAUAUAUGUAUGUUUAGACAAUAAUAAAUUGUAUCGUUACUAUCUGCAAUAUUGUUUGUUGUUAAACACAAGAAAGUUUAUACGACAUGGUGUGUAGAUGUUUGUUUUCA